AACCGUACAAAGCAUUGUUGUCUUCAGGUUGUCUCCAAACAAAGUUCAGUCUAUGUUUGCUUUUGGGGGAAAAAUACGACGGAAAGGAGCUAGAGCUAUGGACGAAGAUAGUUUAUCAAGCUAGAGUAGAGAAAAAUUGAAUUCAGAAGCUGAUUUCAGCUGCUUACCAUUAUUAUUUCCAAGUGUACCAGUUCCUGCUUGAGUUUUCAGCAAUAUCGUGACUUUCUAUGUGGCCAGCUUCUGGAAGUAGUACUAGUAGUACCAAUGAAGGUGGACGCCACUUUACAAGCCCUACUCAACCGUCCUCCGGACAGAGAGGGAUGCCUGCGUGUCCUGUCUUGCCCGUCAGACCGCCUAUUGAUUGGAUCGGCCACUUAUUGCCGUGUCGUCGGCGACUUGUUUGCAUGCUACAGUGGAAAGGACGCCAAGAGCCCAGUUGAGGAUGUCAUAAGCCUGCUGAACCAUGGGAUUCAAGUGAUUGACGAAGAGAAUACUUUCGGCUUUGAGUUGGAGCCGCAGUCGGCCAGUUCUUCUGUUGGCUAUCGCUUUGCAUGUCAGUCUCUCCAAGAGGCGGAUUACUGGGUGGAAACGCUUUCCACAUGCAAGGAUGGUCACCAGCGUGAGGACCUGUACGAAACAUGCCCACCCGCAGCCAUUGGUGGGGCUAGCUGUGCCCCGCUGGCCGUGUCCGUGUCCUCCCCCAUGCUGCCAACGCGACCGCGCAGGUCAGCACUGCGCAGUGCCGGCUGCCCGCUAGCCGGCCAGUCACCGGGGGAGCUCGAGCUGGAGCCUGGGGUAGACAGUGUCUAUGAUGAUCACAUGUUUCUUGUCAGCUGUGAGUUACACAAGCCAAUGACUGUUUGUAUAGCACUCAGCAUAGAGAUGGCUGAUAAUGACUGGAAAGAAAUCGAACGGACGGAGCGCAUGAAGGUAUCGGGGAGCGAGGGUCACUUUGUGACACCGUUCAGCCUGGAGUGGUCAUCAGAUAGCGAAACAGUGGUGCGCAUGAAUCUGUACCAGGCUGUCAACAAGUCUGUGGGCAAGGAUGAGGUGUGCAAUAUUGGCUGUGUGACGACCAGGGUUGGCGUGCUGGUUGGCGAAUCCAAGUGUCGUCUUCAAUUCUCACCAGCUGGAAAACAGUCCAAGGCAGGAAACUUCGACUUUGUCUCACUCAGCUACAACAAGCCCGACGCGAGGCGCUGUGAGCCGCCGUCGUUCCAGAUGCGCAAGCGCAGCGUGGUGUGUACGCACGGCCGUACGUCAUCGCAGGCGCUCCUGGACGGCGAGGACCUAUCCUGGCAGCGAGACCGCAGCUGGAACAUCAAGCUGUCCGAGACACCAAACUGGCUGGCGGUGAACAAGAUAAACGAAGCCGUGUUCAGUGUGUCCACAAGGUGUUCGGAUAACAUCGUGCGGCACGUGACCGAUCCGUGCAACUACCCUAUUAGGGAACUGCAAAUUCGUAGCAGCUCGCCGUCUGUGAAGCUCUCGAUAACGGAACGCAUGGGAGAGAGCUCGUUGACCUGGAUCUUGCCUAGCCAGCUUAUAACUGUGUUCCGGGGGAAUCUUCUAUCGUGCAUGUCGCUCCUGGGAACGUUACCACUGCUUCGAGACGACCUGGAGCCGGUGCGCACCUCUCUGAUGAACGCUUUCGAGACAAUGGCGUCGUUCUACAGCACGGCGAGUUGUCACGCUAUGGCCACCUUCUCGAAACACGAGAUAACGUUCAAACAGAGCACGCAAAAGAGCAGGGAGAACGUCGAAUUCAUUGGGACCAACUUGCACGUGCAGCGCCUGUGUGUGUCGAGACAGCUCAGUACAACAAGCCAGCCCACAUCUCAAAACACUGAGGAGCAAUCUAGCGCGUCCAGCCCUCCUCGCCGUAAAAACGUUGAAGAGCCUCCCUUGGAAGAGAGGGCUAGUUUUCGGCGAGCAUUCCGCUUUUUGAAGCGAUCGUCGGCAGUUGGCCUGUCAUCCUCGCCAGCAGCGUCACCCAAAGGCUCGCCGGUAUUGCAAACCCCUGGUGAAGACAUUGAGAGAAAGGAAAAUGUCGUCGAGAAGAAGGAAGACAAUGCCUGUCUGAAUAAAGUGUACACGGAACUGGCACCGCAGCUGGAUAAUGGAGCCCACGAUGUCGUCACAGUCGGUGCACCAUCCGCCCACUCUCUGCGCUUCAAGGGUGGGGGUCUCCAUCGACUACUGGCUAGCUCUAACCCGGCACACCUACGGCAGGUCAAGCUCUUCCGGGAAUGUCAAGAGCUUGCUCAUGCCCUACAGACCAAGAUGAUGACAGUUCAGAAGAUCAUGAAGGAUGCGGUGGCACAAGCUAACCUCGUCACCAUCAUACCUGUACUGCACACGGUGCAGUCUACGAUUGAAGAUACGGAGCAGCUUGGUCGGUUAGUCAGGUCUGCACACACUGACUUGGACAGCUCACUUGCCUUCCCAGCUCAAGACGCCUGCGAAGAUAUGGAGGUUCGUGCCCAUUUCGAAGCAGCAAUUCUACCUGUCAUCACUGGCGAGAUUGUACAAGUGGUUCUGAAUGAUUCCGACUCUUUGAGAGCUCUGCAAAUCAAGAUCAACUCCUUCUUUGAUCUGUGGCAAUCUUCCCUGCACCAUCUCCGCAGCUCUGUAGCUUUUCUCAUGCUGAAAUGCUUCAUGAAUUCGCCGUCGCUCGUCGCUGGCAAAGGCAGUCUGCUACACCGCCAGCACAUUGUCCUGUCACAGGCGAUCUCCGGCGUGAUGACCGGCAUCCUGUCCAGGCUGCAGAACCUGAGCGGCAUCAACGAGUUCUUCACGGACAUCGUCCUGAACCAGGGCCUGCUCGUAGUCUGGGACAGUCUUCUCAGCACCCACGGUGAUGAGCAAGGCAUGCUGGAGGACAUGGCUAUGGCAAUGGACAUGCUCGAGAAUGUGACAUUCGAGGUGACGUCGGGUAACAUUUUCCGAACGACUGUAGAAGGCAGCAUGGACGCGUUGAAUGUGAAGUUAGUGCUGCCACCGGACAUCACCAGCACCUUACCCAGCGCCCUGCUUGGCUGUCGCCUCUCCAUCGUACCCUGCUUGUUCACGCAGGGGGUCAACGAGAACCAGUUCAAGUCUGACUGGUUUGGGACGUCCAAGUUCCAGGAGAUCGUCAAUGUGAAGCAUUACGAGCGGCUUUCGCGCUACGUCACGCGCUUCCGGGAUAAUAAGAGCUGGUAUGCCCAGAACCACGAGUCGUCAAGUAUGAUGUCGCCGGUGGCGGAAGCUGAGCAGAUGUCACAGCGCGCUGCCACAUACAUGGAGAUGCUGCGCGGUGCACUCAAGUCGAAGAAGGAGCGCAACAUCGACAUCUUGACGUGCGCCAGCCAGGUUUGCCUUCUGUUUGACGGUGUUCGGCUGAUGAGCUGCAAGAGUGCUAAAGAUCGCACUGCCAUGAUGGUCACGCUGGAGGCCAACUGCUAUCUCCUCAACAGAUUCAACAUGCCACUGGAGAAGCUGCCCAGCUGUCUGGCAGCUAUGCGAAGUCUUGGUACCCGAAUUCAAAACACCCGCAAGAACAUUGGUGAGCCAAGGUAUGCAUUCCAGAAAGUACAGCUACAGUGCUUCCCGAAACUUCUUCGGCCGCCGGAUGGUUCUUACGGCUCAAUGUUGACAUAACCACGCCAACAGGACGCAUCCAGUAGGCCCAACGUGGCGGUUAGUGGUGGCGCAUGCGUGGACGCUGUGCAUGCGGUGACAGUGCCUGUGUUUUGUUGCAUUUCAUUUCAUUUCUGUGUUCUGCUACUGCAGUGUAUUAGCCCCGGGUUCCUUGUCACCUUUUUCUGUUCAAUGUUGGUGUAAUCAAAUCAGUGAUUUUUAAAGUACUUCUUUUGGGAUAGAUCCUCAUCUCUUUUUCCAUAGUUCUUUGUUUGAAUAUAGAUUCCGGAUAUCGAAUCUGUUCUCCGUAUCACGGGCCCUGUUUUCUGGCUCACCCUCGUGUUUUCAACAGCGUGCUCAAAGUUCUUCGUAGACCAUUCAGAUCAACAUUUCAAGGCUCUAUUUUUAAUUUUAAUUUUUUAUACUAAAUGAAGUGAUUCGGUUCUAAUUUUUGCGGUUUGAUCUCAGCGCUUUCCACUAAAUGUUUUCAUGCGGUUAGUUUUUGGCUGGCCCAAAUUCCAAAUAUACAGCUAAUUUUAAAUUUGGGUUCGGCCAUUUCUAGGUUUUUCGGAUCAUCCUAUCUGCUACCUGCUUGUUUUCCUCAUUCGGUUUUUUUGGCCUGGCAAUUUUAGUCUUGUGAAUGCAGCUGGAAGUCUGCCUUUAAGUUUUGCCGCAACUGUAGCUGCUGUACAAUGUAACUCCACCCUUGUUCUUCGUCACUGAUGCAGAGAUAUGCUGGGCCGGCAAACGGGCCAGCUGACUAAUGUUCUAUGAGAAACAAAACUGCAUGUACAUGUAGGUUCUUUUUAUUAUGAUUGCAGAUAAAGCUAUUAUUAUUAUUAUUAUUAGGAUAUUAUUAGCAACGGCUGCUCAGCUUUAGAAUUACCGCUAAGUAACCAGGGCCGAUCGGACUCCGCGGAAUCCACCCUUCGGAUGAAGGUGCACUGUAUUUUGUAAAGCUGCUUGAGCACUCAGCACUCGCAAUGUCUCUUGGACCACAUGCACAGAAUCGGUUCAUUCAUUCCUCAGCAUUUAUUUACCGUACUAUCCCCAAUAAAUGUACAGUACUUUUAAUUUUUCA